UCAACCAUUCAACCGCUCAAGCCAGUGGCGUAACUACAGGGUGGCAAGUCGGCAAAAUGCCACGGGCCCCCAGCCCGAAGGGGCCCCCGGUCAGAGGAAAUCUCAAUUCCCAACAUUUAUUAUUACACAUACACAUUACUUAAGUAAAAAAAAAGUUUUGUCUUUAAUUUAUUUGUUACCUUCUUAGUUGCAUACAUAGCUAAAAAAAAUAUACCUAGGUAUUAAACUUUCAAUGCAUUAGUAAAAAAAAAUUUAACCCAGUUUUAGAAAGAAUGGUCAAAAUCCAAUUACUCGUAAUAAUUUCGGAAACAUGUGUGGACAAACAUACCUCAAAAAUUUGUUUAUUGGUUUAUAUUUAUAUUCACUGGGCAUGUCUCAGGGUGUCUCGCUGAGACUAGGUAUAUUGCCGCCAUUAAAAUCAGUGUUGCCGUUUAAGCGCAUUUCGCGCUAGAUAGCGCAAUUCUAGACUCUUCAGCGCUUUUUUUCUCAAUACAAUGCGCUAACAAAUAUUUUUCGGAAUCUAGUAGAAAAUUGUAAAAAUUAUUGACGAUCGUAAAUUUAAGCCAAUAAGUUAAUUGUCAGAGCCGUAAAACGUUAGGAAAAUAACGAGCUGGGAAUUCCCCAAAGGGUUUAGUAUUCGCCGACAACAAUGUUAUUGAUGCGUUUAAUAUUUUGUCUCUUUUUUACAUUAAAGUGUUAUGUUAUGACUGUCUCUGAUCUUACUAACAGAGUUCAAUUAUAAUGAUACGUCAUCAGUUGAAAGUUCUUAAGAAAAAUUGCCACACUUUUAUGUUGCCUGAACACGGUUUGAAGAAAAUGACUAAAACUGUAAAAAAAGAAACGGCAUCUGGUGAAGGCACACCAAUCGCACCCGAACGUAAUGAUGACCAGAAAGAUAUUCAGUUAUUUAAUUUAGUUGAUUUUGAUAAAUGUAAUAAUGGUUAAAUAAAUUCACAUAAAAGCACAUCUUCUCUUAUUGCCAUUAAAAAUGCACAGCUAAAAUUUAGCGCAAUUUUGAAAUGAGUUUGGUGUAUUUUUUUCUUUCUCAAACGGCAACACUGCUUAAAAUUUAUGUUGGUAAUACUUGCUGAUGCUUGGGGAAUCCCCGAUUCGAGUUUGUAUAUAUGAAAAACUCCACUAUUGUAUUACGCAAGAACUCACCAAGCAAUUAGCAGUUUAUUGUUGUAAGAUUUGGUUGUUUGUUGCAAGUGAAGAUAUAUUUAAUUAGUUAAUUGUGAAAAUAGGUUGACAAUGUCUACUGGAAAGUAUCAGAGUGGAAGCGAAAAAAGAAAGCGAAAGAAGGAGUCUGAAGAACAAAAUAAAAAGUUACCUAAAAUAAGUCAGUACUUUAAUAAUCAAGAUAGUAUACAAGAAGAAGUGGCAAUAUCGCAGGGCCCGAUAACAGUGAAUAUUUAUAUUCAGAGCAACCACAACUGUAAACCAAAAGGCCCCUUGUUAAGGGAUAGUAACAAUAGAUCUUUCUUAGAUAAAUAUUAUUACACUGUUUCUAAAUCUGGCGUAAAGUUAGAACGUACAUGGCUGUCCUAUUCUCUAUUGCUUCAAAAAGCAUAUUGUGCACCAUGUUGGUUAUUCGCAAAUAGGGCGUCUAAAAAUAUACAAAAUAUUUGAAUGGAAGGCAAUGAUGAUUGGAAACAUAUUGUGGAAGCCAUAGAAAGACAUGAGACAUCGAAAGAACAUUUGCAUUCAUGUUUUGUACAUCGACAGUGGCAGUUACAUGGAACACUAGAUGAAGAGCAAGAGUCCAUUAUCAAGAGAGAAAAUUUUUUUUGGCGCCAGGUACUCACUAGACUUCUUGAUGUUACUCUGAUACUUUCAAUCUGUAAUUUAGCUUUUCGUGGUCAUAAAGAAACGGUAUAUGGCAACGAUUCUGGUCCAAAAGGAAAUUUUUUGAGUAUUGUUGAGUUAUUAGCCAAAUACGAACCUAUUUUACAAGAGUUGCUAAGCAAACCUAAGGACCAGAUUAAAUACUUAAGUCCAAAAAUACAAAAUGACCUCAUUGCUGUUCUGGUUCAAAAAGUGGAAAAUGCCCUGGUAAAUGAAAUAGUCACCGCGCCGUUUUAUUCCAUUUUGUUUGAUACUACUCAAGAUAUUUCCAAAACAGAUCAAUUGUGUGAACUUUACCGUUACUGUGUAAUCGAGAAAGAUGAAAAUGGAACUCCAAAGGCUCUCGUAAUUAAAGAGUCAUUUUUAAGAUUUCAUGAGGAUCAAACUGCCUUAGCAAUGUCCAAGCAGAUAAUAAAAUCCAUAAAUGGCAAAAGUAUUUCUCUGAAUAAGUGCCGUGGACAAGGGUACGAUGGAGCUAAUACUAUGAAAGGUACUUAUGGCGGAAUUCAAAAACUCAUAAGAGAUAUAGAGCCAAAUGCAGUGUAUGUCCAUUGUGCUGCUCAUAAUUUAAACUUGGUAGUAAAUGAUGCAGUAAAAGAGGUCAUAGAAAUACAAACAUUAUUCGAAACUGUGCAACAAAUUUAUAAUUUUUUUGGCCAUAGUAUUAGACGAUGGAAUAUAUUAUCUAGUUUUAUAUCUGACAACAAAAAAGGAGAAACCGUUAUAUCAUCAAAUUCAGUAACAUUAAAAACAAUGAAUCCAACUUGAUGGGCAGGACGCUUUGAUGCCAUGUUUGCUUUAAAGGUUCGAUUUGUUGAUGUUCAAAAAGCGCUAACAAAAACCAUUUUAUCAAAUUCCAAAUCAGAUGAGAGAAAUGAAGCUAUCUUGCUAAAGAAGAAGGUAGAGAACUACAAUUUUAUUAUGUUGCUGGUUUUCCAUUGCAAAGUCUUACAAACCAUAGACGCGGCUUCUAAAGCACUUCAAUCUAAAGCCGUCGAUCUUUCAAAUGCUUCAAAGCGUUUGCAAGUCUGUCUAGAAGAACUUGAAAAGUAUCGACAUGAAUUUGAAGAUUUAAAAACGGAAGCAAAUAGUAUUGCAGUUAAAUGGUCUAUAAACCCUGAAUUUCCUAAAACUCGUCAGAGAAAAGUGAAACGUCAUUUUGAUGAAAUUUGUGAGGAUGAACGUCUCCAAGAUCCUGAAAGCUUGUUUAAAGUGAACGUAUUCUAUCGUGUAUUAGACAUCAUCAUUAAUCAACUUAGAUCGCGUUUCCUUGGAAUGAUUGAAAUUGUUUCCAAUUUUAGUGUUUGCAGCCUGCCACUUUGCAAAACUUGAAUGAUACUGAUUUAUUGGAAAAGGCUUUAGCAUUUGUCCAUUUAUAUAAAAAAGAUAUAUCUAUGUCGUUUUCCAAAGAAAUUCUCAGUUUUCGAUCCUCUUUUAAACACGAAAUAGAAAGGUCGUCUUAUUAAUAAUAAAGAAUCAUUUUAUAUCUUCAAGCUUUCCUGAAGUGUGCACUGCAUUUCUGUUAUUUCUCACCAUUCCUGUAACUACGACUAGUGCCGAGCGAUCAUUUUCAAAACUGAAAUUGAUAAAAACUUAUUUAAGAAAUUCUAUGGGACAAGAAAGGUUAAGCAAUUUGGCUAUUCUAUCCAUCGAAAAUUCUAUGGCCCGAAAUUUGAACUUUGAUGAUGUCAAUAACACUUUUGCUGAACAGAAAGUCCGAAGAAAGGAAUUUUAAUAAUUAAAAUUGUGUACUUAAAAUAAAAUUGUGAUUUCAGUUCAAUAUGUACUUUAAAUUAGGUACCUUUAAUUAAAAGUGAAUAAUUAGCAAAUCAAGAAAUUAUAAUUAUAAAGUUUGUAUGUACCUACUUCACGUAGUGAUUUAUUAGUUAACUCUUACAAAUAAAAGUGUAUAAAUAAAUAUUAUAAAAUAAAAAAUACUAUUGUUGUUGGUUCAGCUUCUUUAUAUAUUGGGGAAGUGGGAGGGCAGGGGGCCCAUUCGAUGAAUUUGCCACGGGCCUCGAACGGUAUAGUUACGCCACUGCUCAAGCUCAACCUUUGAACGGAUAAGUUGUU